ACAAUAUUCGCAUAAAUAUUUUUAUAAUGGAUCCAAUUUAUUCAGAUGAAAUGAGAGAAAAAGAAAUCAAAUUAUUAAGGAAGAUCGAUUUGAAAAUUGUUCCAUUUUUGUUUCUACUUUAUUUAUUAAGCUUUUUAGAUAGGGUAAAUAUUGGAAAUGCAAAGUUGGCAAAUAUAGAACGUGAUCUUGGAUUAGUUGGAAGAGCUUUCGAAGCAGGUUUAGUUCCAGGAAUAGUCUAUUAUAUUACUAUGUGGUAUAAAAGAUUUGAACAAAGUUCUAGAAUGGGAAUAAUUUUGUCCGGUGCAUCAAUUGCUGGUGCUUUUAGUGGAUUAUUAACUUAUGCAAUUGUAAGCCUUACGAAUGACAAUUCACCUUUAAAGGGAUGGCAAUUGAUUUUUCUAAUUGAUGGUUUAGUUACUAUUAUAGUUGCUAUUUUUGCAUUUUUUCAUAUUGCUGAUUAUCCAGAAAAAGCCAAGUGGCUUAGAAAAGAAGAGAGAUCACUAUCUGUCUUAAGGUUAAAGCACGAUGCUGGUGGAGUGGAUUAUCAAAAGCAUACAUUUGAUAAGGUUUAUAUAUUAGAAUGUUUGAAGGAUUGGAAAGUGUACAUAUCAAUGCUCAUUUUAUUAGGAAUUAAUACCGCAGUUUAUUCAUUUGCAUUUUUUGUUCCUUCAAUCGUAAAUGGAUUUGGUUUUAAUGAAGUUAUAUCCCAAUUAUUGGUGGCUCCUCCAUUUUGUCUUGGCUGUAUCUCAAUAUUAACGGUAUCAGCUUUAUCCGAUCGGAUAAAUGUUCGUGGUCCUUUUGUGAUGUCGUUAACAAAUAAUUUGUCACCACCGUUAAAGUGUAACAUAGGUGUUGCAAUGAUGAUAAGUGGUGGUAACAUGGGAGGUUUAAUUGCUGCUCAGAUAUAUCGUUCUGCAGAUUACCCAAAUUACGUCCCUGGGCAUGUUAUUGCUUCGGGUUGCUUGUUAGCAGCCAUUUGUUUAUGUGCAAUUCAGUAUGGAAUUUUAAACAGACUUAAUGAACAGAAGAAAGAGAAAAGUAUUAAAAUUAAAGCUUCUAGUUAUGCUGACGAUGAAGAUAAAAAGGAAUUAGAUGAUAGAAAUCAUAAAUUUAUCUAUAGUUUAUAA